AUAUUAUUUAUAAAUUGUUGAGAAAAGAGAUUGUAUUAAAAUGAUCGAAAUUUUUACUUUGUUUAAUUUGUUACCAGUAUUCAGUAUGCUUAAAUACAAACAUUUAUCAGAAUAAAAUAAAUAAAUUCAUUUUAUAAAAUAAAUGUGUUUAGGUAUGUUAAAAGAGAUUACUAAUAAGUGAAAUUUAGAAAUGACUAACAUAAGAUCUCCGAUUUAUCUUAAUUGAAUAAAUAACAAAAACAUAACCUUCAUAUAUUCAACCUGUAAUAAAAGUUGGAAACAAAAAUUAACAAUUAUGCAUAAAGCUAUUUCGAGAGCUUUUUUUUAUGGAAAACAUAAUUCCAUCUGUUUUUUAUACAAUCCAGUGCAACGUUAUGUUAUAAAAAUAGAAAAUAGAGAUGGAAAAAAAGGAAAAGUAUCUAACCUAAAAGACUAUUGGUUCGGCAGAUAUAUAAGUUAUUUAAAAACAUAUGUAGUAACUUUAGACAAGAAUUUUCCAAAAAUGAUGGUUUUAUAUCGUACCUUCCGUAAUGGUAUCAAAGAUUUAUAUUCUGAUUCACAAACAUAUAUAUCUAUAAUAAUGAAACAGAAUGUGGAAGGUUUAAAUAAUUUAACAAGACAAGAGCUUCAGUUGGCAUAUACAAUGCCCAAAGAUCUAAUUAAGAUUUUUCCUGUUAUUCUAACAUCUUUGAUUCCUUUUUCAAACUACGUUAUCAUACCUUUAGCAUAUUUCUUUCCACGACAACUAUUGACUCAGCAUUUUUGGACACCAGAACAAAAAGCAAGUUUUAUGCUUCAUUUUCAUAAAAAAAGAUUCAAAUACAGUAGACCAUUAUUUUAUUGUAUGCAAAAUAAAGUCAACUACAUUAAUAAUGAACUAUUAAAAAUUAAAUGGAACGGAAUCAUGGCAUGUUUGGGUAGCGGUGAGCAUCCAACAAUUGAAAAUGUGUUAUCAUGUAUUACUUUAUUUGCAAGUUCGCCAUAUUCAAUGGAUACCCUUGAACAUAAAUAUAUGAAAAAAUUGCUUGCCAUUCAUGGAUUAUCUAUAUGGGCACCUUUCAGAAGGAGACGUUUAAUAGAAAGAGGUAUAUUGUUAAAACGGAUGGAUAAUGCCAUUGUUAAAGAGGGAGGUGUAGAUAAUAUGUCCAUAGAAUCAUUAUGUUGGGCCUUAUCUUUUAGAGGAUUAAAUCCUGUAAAUAUGUCAAUGGAAAGUAUGAAAGAUUGGCUUGAACAAUGGUUGAAAUUAUCAGCAUCAGUUGAUAAUUCUACAUUAUCUUUACUAUUACAUAGUCCGAUUUUUUUAGCUUAUAAUCAUAGUAAUAAUUUACAUUUGUUGUAUAAAUAA